AAGGUAUAUAAGAUGGUGGGCCACUUUGCCCUCACAUCAGCCCCCCCAACAUGAAGCUCCUGAUCCUGACGUCGCUACUGGCGGCUGCCGCGGCCGCCCCCCAGGGCUACGGGCUCCCCGUGCCCUCCGGCCCUAAACUGAGCUCCUGCCGCGACGGCGAGGUCCUUCACGUAGAUGGCUCCUGCGUCGUUCCCGAUGUGACCCGCCACGUGUAUGUGUUCGCCGCGCCCCCGCAGCCCCCGUCGUACCAGCCGCCGCCCGCACUCCCCCCGCCCAAGAUCGACUACAACGUGGUGUUCAUCCGCUCGCCCGAGAAGCCACCGCGGCCCGACCCCAUCGUCGUCCCCCCCCCUAGCCAGAAGAGCGUCGUCUACGUCCUCAACAAGCAGUCCGAAGACGACGGCCCUCGCGUGAUCGAGGUCCCUGCGCCGCCGCCCAAGACCCCCGAGGUGUACUUCGUCAACUACGGACCCGAUGAGAACCCGACUCUCCCCGGGGGCGUCAACCUUGACGCUGCCCUCAGCGCCGCCGUCCAUUCGAGCGGCCAGGUGAUCGGCAGCGGCGCUGCCCUCGGCGGCGCUGGCGGCUUCGGCGGCGACGGCUUUGGAGAUGAUGGCUUCGGGGUCGCCUUCGGUGACGACGGCUUUGGAGGAGCCGGAUUCGGCUUUGGAGCUGGCGCCGGAGGCGCCGGAGGACCUGGCUUUGGAGCUGGCGCCGGAGGACCUGGCUUUGGAGCUGGCGCCGGAGGACCUGGCUUUGGAGCUGGCGCCGGAGGACCUGGUUUCGGAGCUGGCGCCGGAGGACCUGGAUUUGGUGCCGGAGGUGCAGGCCCAGUUGGCGCCGGAGGACCUGGCUUUGGAGCUGGCGCCGGAGGACCUGGCUUUGGAGCUGGCGCCGGAGGACCUGGCUUUGGAGCUGGCGCCGGAGGACCUGCCUUUGGAGCUGGCGCCGGAGGACCUGGCUUUGGUGCCGGAGGUGCUGGCCCAGCUGGUCUUGGAGCUGGCUUUGGAGCUGGUGCCGGUGGUCCUGGUUUCGGAGGUGGUGUUCCUCUUUCUGCUGCAGCAGGAGGUGGUCCCGGUUUCGGAGGUGGUGCAGGAGCUGGAGGCCCUGGAUUCGGAGCUGGCGCCGGAGGACCUGGCUUUGGUGCCGGAGGUGCUGGCCCAGCUGGUGCCGGAGGACCUGGCUUUGGAGCUGGCGCCGGAGGACCUGGCUUUGGUGCCGGAGGUGCUGGCCCAGCUGGUGCCGGAGGACCUGGCUUUGGAGCUGGCGCCGGAGGACCUGGCUUUGGAGCUGGUGCCGGAGGACCUGGUUUUGGUGCCGGAGGUGCUGGCCCAGCUGGUGCCGGAGGACCUGGCUUUGGAGCUGGCGCCGGAGGACCUGGUUUCGGAGGUGGUGCAGGAGCUGGAGGACCUGGCUUUGGAGCUGGCGCCGGAGGACCUGGCUUUGGAGCUGGUGCCGGAGGACCUGGCUUUGGAGCUGGUGCCGGUGGUCCUGGUUUCGGAGGUGGUGCAGGAGCUGGAGGCCCUGGAUUCGGAGCUGGCGCCGGAGGACCUGGCUUUGGUGCCGGAGGUGCUGGCCCAGCUGGUGCCGGAGGACCUGGCUUUGGAGCUGGCGCCGGAGGACCUGGUUUUGGAGCUGGUACCGGUGGUCCUGGUUUCGGAGGUGGUGUUCCUCUUACUGCUGCAGCAGGAGGUCCCGGUUUCGGCGGUGGUGCAGGAGCUGGAGGCCCUGGAUUCGGAGGUGCAGCUGGCGCCGGAGGCCCUGGAUUCGGAGGUGCAGCUGGCGCCGGAGGCCCUGGAUUCGGAGCUGGUGCCGGAGGCCCUGGAUUCGGAGGUGCAGCUGGUGCCGGAGCACCUGGAUAUCUCGCCAUCGUUCACCCGCCAGCUAGCCACGGGGCACCGUUUUUGACCAAGGCGGAGUCGACACGUGGCACUCAUUUCCAUGCUGUGACCUGGUACGCCCUGGUUCGGUCCCCGUGUCGUGGAGCUCAUGUUAGGUCGUGUAGCUCAUGUCAGGUCAUGGGGCUCAUGUCUUACUGGCCUCCGAAACAAGGACGAGGCAAUAGAGCCGGCCAAAGCGAAGGGGAAUUGUGUCGAUGGCUGUACUAG